AUGGCUGGAUAUAUCGGACAAAUUGAUGCGUUUGACAGUGCUACGGAUGAUUGGCCGAUGUACUGUGAGCGAAUCGAACAAUAUUUCAAAGCCAACGGCAUUGCCGACGACAAGCGGGUGUCGGUUCUGUUAAAUGAAGUGACGCUGGAUGGAGGUUGCCUCGUGUGGGGAUUAAGGAUUAUUAUACCUCCGAAGUUGCAAGCUCGAGUCUUGGAAGAGCUUCAUGCUGGUCACCUAGGAGUGGUGAAGAUGAAAUCACUCGCUAGAAGUUUUGUGUGGUGGCCAGGAAUCGAUCAGCAGAUCGAGCAGCUCGCCAUGCAUUGCCCAGGAUGCCAACAGGUUCAAAAUAUGCCAAAACCUGCACCGUUGCACCCUUGGGAAUGGCCUGCUGUGCUGUGGCAAAGGAUUCAUGUUGACUUUGCAGGACCUUUCAUGGGCACUACAUUUCUGGUGGUUGUCGAUGCAUGUUCUAAGUGGCCAGAAGUGUUUAGCAUGUCGUCCACAACCGCUACCCAAACUAUAACAGUGCUGAGAGAACUUUUUGCGAGGACUGGUGUCCCAGAACAACUGGUGAGUGACAAUGGACCCCAGUUUGUAUCUGAGGAGUUCCAGAUCUUUCUAAAGAACAAUGGGAUCAGGCACGUGACCUCUGCCCCAUACCAUCCCGCUACAAACGGAUUAGUGGAGCGAUUUGUACAAAGUUUGAAGAAUGCGCUGCGUGCCAUGGUGGGUGACAAGAUUAUGUUAACCCAUAAGUUGCAAAGGUUUUUGUUUGCAUAUCGUAACGCAACACAUGCUACCACGAAUCGAACGCCAGCUAUGUUGUUCUUGGGAAGACCUUUACGUUCAAGGCUGGACCUGUUGCGACCGAAUGUGAAGAGGGUUGUGCAGGACAACCAGUUGAGACAGGUGCAAAGAGACGGACCGGUACGAGAGUUGGAAAUUGGUGAGAGUGUGCUCGCUAGGGACUACCGCGGGGAUCACAAGUGGAUGCCUGCGAAGGUAAAAGAAAGAACAGGACCACUUUCUUACACAGUAGAGAUUGGACCAGACACCACCUGGAGACGGCAUAUUGAUCAGUUGAGAAAGGCAGAUAUUUCUUGGGAGGGUGUUCCAGGAAAUGUGCCAUCCACGUCUACUGUUGCCCCUUCCGAUGGCAGCGACACCACUACACCACAAGAUGCCGCGAUGUCUUCACAAGAAGUGCCACAAACGCCGAUCCCAACUUGUGAGGAGAGACGUUACCCUACCUGUACAUGGAAACCCCCAGACCGUCUUACUUUAUAG